AUGACGUUUGCUGUUAAAGCAGAGCCCAUGUCUCAUAAUUUCCUAGCUAGCUUUGAAGAUACAGAGUCAAAUCUCCAUAAAACCCCUUCCAAUAUUGUCGAUUUCGAAAAUAAGUUUCUGGAAGAGGAACAUGAUAUACUAGAUGAGUUUUUGGAUCAAAGAGUAUAUGACUCCAUGAGGAGCAAUACACCAAAUCCCCUAAAUAAAAGUACACAGCAAGACGAACAGGAGCAGGAUCAAAAUAACUUGCUAACUUCCUUGUACGCCUUGACUAAUACUAGUAAUGAAUACAAUAAUGGCAAUACUGAUAACUCUCUCGAUGGUAUGAAUGAUUUUGAGCUGUUUCAAAACUCAGCAGCUACAAACAACAGCAGCAGCGGCAGCAGCAGUAGCAACAACAACAGCAACAACAGCAACAGCAACAACAACAAUAAUAAUAAUGGAAGCGAAGAGAUUUCACCAAAUGAGACCGAUUACUUGUGUUUGAAUUUACCCCAAGAUUCUAAUUAUAAUUCAAGUUUUCCACAUUUGCCUCAGCAGCAGCAACAGCAGCAACAGCAACAGCAGCAACAACCUUUGCAGUUUCCAUUUGACAGCAACUCCUUUAAUUCACAAAAAAAUCCAUAUCAAAGUUCGUUGCUUGGCUCAAGUUUCAACAGCCCUAAUUCCAUAACAUCCCCAGAUUCAAGGCCAUUGCCCUCUUUAACUGCUGUCCCCUCACAACUAUCUGAUUACGAGUUCAUACGAGAAGAAUUGAGUAAAUUGAAAUUUGGAAGUCACAGAAUGAACGCAGUGCCCCAAAGUGUUGCUGUUCUCGAUAGUUCAUACUUGGAUUUUUCCCCAGAAGUUAUGAAGAAGCUACCUCAUCAACUAACAUUGACAGGAUUACCAAGCCAUUCACGAGUGGAAACUCAAAUCAAAUGCGAAAUCACCCUAAGUCCUGCACCUAAUGAAUACCAUUUAUUGUAUGUACCUCAAGAUCUUAUUUCGAAGAAUAAAUUCUGCUUAUCCGAGCCGAUGGAAACUUUGAAUCCAAAAUUGAAGGAAAAUUUAUUAUACUUGGAUGCUUAUGUGUUGACAUCUGAUUUAAAAAAGUCAUGUAAUAUCUGUUCAAGGUGUAUUAGAAGGGAACAGAAAAGAGCAUCGCGUGGUAAAGCAGCAGGAAGUGAAAUUGAUGAACCAAAUUAUGCCGCCAGCAUCUCUCCCGUGAACACCAAUACCACGACGGCUACCACUCCGUCAACAGUUUCAUCAAAGAAGAACUCCAUAAAGAAUAACUCCACUAGCUGGUUAGAUGAUAAGAUGAUGAAAAAGGCGAUAAUUUUCAAUUGUAAAGAAAUCGUUUCUUUCCCACCACCUACAGGCAUUUUGAAUCAGGAUUCCAAAUCCAUUGAAUUGUCAGCAAGAAUCAUUUGCUAUUGUAGACAUCAUAAGGAACUGUUGGGAUUUAAAUUAUUGAUUGUAUUAAAGAAUAAUAAAGGUGAGGUUGUUGCUAAGCAGAUUUCGUCAACUAUUAUGAUUAUGGAUAGAAAGAAGAACAUCCCAUUGACAAAGGAUUCAUUACCCAACUCUGUUAGAGGGUCGUCUGUUAAUCUCCAAGGAUUAGUUGGCAAUCCCUCCUGUAGUACAAAUAACAACAACAAUAAGAAGAAGAAGUUUUCAACUUCGGAUUCAGAAAAUGACAAGAAUGGUGGCGAUACAGGGUUUAUUCAUCAAUUAUCUCCAAAUUCCUUAGAUGAAUCGAAUUCAGAAAUUCAUACAAAUACCGAUUUGGAAUCAUCUAAUGGACGUGGUAUAAAGAGAAAGAAGCUAUCUGUGGACGAUUCUUACAAUAGCUCAUCAAAUCCAAUGUAUAACGGGAGUAUCAAUGGUCAUUCACCUUUGAGUAAUAGUGACACUAAUACAUCAAGUAAUGUUCUUUCGCUUAAACAACAGCAGCAGCAGCAGCAGCAGCAGCAGCAGCAAUCACAACAACGACAACAUCUUCAACAAUUACAGCAACAACCACUACCAAUAAAUUUACAAGCAAUGUCACCAUUAUCUACACUCACUCAACAGCAUCAAUCGUACCAUUUGCUGGGACAACAACCAUUACAGCAUCAAUUGCAACAACAACAACAACAACAUCAGUUGCAGCAGCAGCAACAAAUACAAAUACAACAGCAGCAGCAGAAAGUUCCUUCAAUACAAAAAAUCAUUCCUGCACAGGGUCCAAUUAGAGGAGGUAUAGAGAUUACACUUCUUGGAUUCAAUUUCAAGCCAGGAUUGGUUGUUAAAUUUGGAGCUAAUCAAGCACUUGCUACACAUUGUUGGUCUGAGACCACAAUAAUUACAUAUUUACCCCCUGCGCAGCUACCAGGGCAAGUAUUAGUUUCUUUUGAAAAUGAACAAGUUGAGCCUAUAUCGACGUAUCAGCAACUGCAAAUUUUUACGUAUACAGAUGAUACAGAUCGACAAUUGAUAGAGUUGGCAUUGCAGAUUGUUGGAUUGAAAAUGAAUGGGAAAUUGGAAGAUGCAAAAAAUAUAGCUAGGAGGAUUGUUGGGACCGACAAUAACGGAAAAACUGGAAAUAAAUUGAACAAUGGAACUUGUACGAGUACCUCCAGUACUCCACCAACGAGCACUGCGCCAAAUGCCAGUGAAGUUUCCAAUUGGUUCAAUUCAGCUCACGAAUCAUUAGUGAAAUUGACUAGUUCUGGGCUUAGCAUUCAAACUGUACUUGUGCGUUUGCUUUCUCUUGUUGAUUUACCCAAUUGUCCUAUCAUAAUACCCAAUUGGCAACUAGCCAAUGCUCAAGGUCAAACGUUGUUGCAUUUGUCUACACUAAAGAGUUACUCGAAUUUAAUCAAGUUUUUGGUAACUCAUGGAUGUAAGAUUGAUAUCAAAGAUAAUCAAGGUAUUACCCCACUAUUUCUUGCAUCGAUGAAUGGUAACAGGAAAUUAAUGGAGUUUUAUAUUGAUUAUUGUAAAUCAAACUGGAAUCAAAAGUUGCUGAAUGAUUUAUAUAUCAAGGAUUAUUGUGAUUUGAAUGUAAUCGAUAUGUUUGGAGUAUUGGAAGAGGAGAGCAUUGCCUCAUCGAUAGUUGAUCAUCGGGAAAAGGAGAAGGAAGAAGAAGAAGAAGAAGAAGAAGAAGAAGAGGGUGGUGGAGGAGGAAAAGAGGAGGAAGACAGCAUGAGGAAAAUUAUGUCGUUUGACUCAUUGAAUAGCAUGUUCGAUAAUAACAAUAGCGGUGGAAGGCAUAUUUCAAAAAUGGUUGCUAAUGAAGAGUUGCAUAGAGAUAUGGCGAUCAAUAAUCUGAACAAUUAUGGCAAUGGUGAUAACAGGUUAUGGACUGAUGAUGAUCGGAACUAUAUUUCUGACUUUGCUGAUUCUGAAUUCGAAUCCGAAGAUGAUUAUGAUGAAGAGGAAGCAGAUUAUUGCGAUGAUGACGAUGACGAUGAUGAUGAUGAUGACGAUGAUGACGAUGAUAAUGAAAUAAGAAAAGAAGGCAGAAAGAUUGGUGUUUUAGAUAAAAGAGAGGAUAUGCUAAGGGCAACCUCCAUAGAGCACAGUACACAAGACCAAAGUGAUGAUGGUGAUGCUACUGAAAUACAAGAGACUUUUAUCCCUUCAAUCAAGGCACCUUCAUCUCCUGGAUUGUGGCAAAAAGUCAAGAAUGUGUUUAAUAAGGAUGACGAGAGUGAUAAUUUGCCCACUUAUGAUGAUUUGUUCCCAUUUGGACCUUCUUCAGCUACUGCUAAACCUAAAAGUGAGUUUGAACAAUUGAUGAAUAUACCCAAGAGUUCCGAAACGUUGGUGAAAGAAAUGGGCGUAAUUGGAGAGGAAACAAUAGGUUCAUCAUCGGCGGAAUUACAUACCAGAGAGUCUACUGCCAACACAGCCGCCGUCGCCGUCGCCGCUACCACCGCCAACACUACAGCAGUUACUUCUUCUUCCACUGAUCAGGAUAUUGAUGCUGGUGCAACUUCCGACUCUUCAAUAGACAUGGUCAUUUCGUACAUCAACCAAUCACAAAAAUCCGUGUUGCACGACAAAAUGUUGGUAUUCUUUUGGAUUCCUAUUCUCGUGCUGCUUGUUGCACUAUUUUUUAUGAUUUAUGUUAUGGGGUAUAAUUUCAAAACGAUUGAGAAUGUCAAGGUAAGACUAAUGCCCAGUGAGUCUCCAAUGAGUGCCACAGACUCGACUAUGCAUCAUCGGGAGCAUGAGCAUGAGCACCAGCACCAGCACUAUCAAUCUAAUUCUUUAGUAAUUUUAUUAAAAAACCCAAGUAUACCGAUUGACCCAUAUGCCAAACUUUUCCAAUCUCAAUUGGAUCAUGCUUACACCCCCCAAUUUGUUCCGUUGCUAACGCAUACACAUAGAGAUAAGUCAUUAACCAAGAAGUUUCUCACUUCGCCGCAUUUUCUUAAUGAAGUGGGUUAUUUUAUAAUUACUUCGCAACGAGCAGUUGAAAUGUUCCAGGAAUGUAUUGAUGAAAUUAAUGAUGAAGACGCUGUGAAGAAAAUAUUAGGUAAAGUGGGGUAUACUGUGGGGCCUGCUACGUUUAAGAUACUACAAAAGCAAGGUUUUAAUAAUGUUAGGGGAGGCGAAAGUGCUGGGAACGGAAUGAAACUAGCAGAGUUGAUACUCAGUGAAGUCGACAAUGGUGAGAAAAUUGUCUUUUUCACUGGCGAAAUCAGGAAAGAUAUUAUACCGAAACGACUAGCUGGUGAGAAUGGUGGCGGCUUUCGUCAGUUUGAAGAGUUUGUCAUUUAUAAGACUAUGGAAAGAAAUGAUAUUAUCAAAAGAUUUGAAAAUUUGAUCAGUGUGGAAAGCGGGCACGGGGAAAAGGAGCUUGGAUGGAUUGUGUUUUUUAGUCCGCAGGGUACAAAGGACAUUGUUCAAUAUUUGAAAAAGAAUGACAAUGGUGGUGGUGGUUUUAAGUUGGCUUGUAUUGGACCAACUACUGAGGAAUACCUAGUAGAAAAUGGAUUGGCCCCCGAUGUGAUUGCGGCAAAGCCUGAUCCAACUAGUUUGGUUGCUGGCAUAGUUGAGUUCGACAAAAGGAGAGAGAAGGAGAAGAAAUUAUACCAAGAGAAGAACAGUUAG